AUGUCGACCGACUUUCGGAGGGAAUGGGUUAAAAACACCAUCACGAAAGUGUUCGGGCUUAGUUCCGGCGAUUACUUCGAGAACAUGAUGACCAGCGCCGACGAACUUGAGGACAAGCUGUCUUCUUACCUCGAAGACGAUCUGCUAGACCAGGAGCUGAGUAACACGAGCAACCGGUUCUUCUACGUGUUUAGAACCUCUUUCGAAAAAUUGGUGGAGAAAGAAAUUUUGGUCCCUGAAAUCGUAAGAAAAGAGCCCCCCCAAGAAAUAAUCCCGCAAAUGACAGAAAAGCCUAAGAAAAGAAAAGGCGGCAAAGAAAAAUUGAAGAAAGGCGAGAAAAAAGGAAAACGCUCACGUGCUGCUUCUCCUACAACAGAUACAGCCCAACCUACAGAGACCGAAACUCAGUCAAACGAAGCACCAGAAAAUCCUGAUCCUGGCACCGACAAUGCUGAACAAGAUGCGGCUAAACCGGAUACAGCAAAUGCAGUUGAAGCUGGAUUAGAAACCGAUUUAACCGAAACCGAAGCUUCAACACUUCCAUCUGCAGAAGUUACUGAUGUUGAAGUGUCUGAUUUUGAAGAAACCGGUGGCAAAGAUAAAAAAAAGAAAAAGAAAAAAGGCAAACAAAAAGGCAAGAAGAAGCAAGUGGAAGAGUCUGAAGAAAAACCUGCAGAAGAGGUGAAAGUUGAAGAAGACGAAGUCAUUUACGUGCCUAAAAUUACCCAAGAAUUAGUCGUUGACUAUACGUUAACGGGUGGUUUUGACUGGAUUUCUGAAGGUGUAGUCAAUACAGAUACCAGAUUCGUCUACUUCUUUAGACGAACUGAACUUGGAAUUCCCAAUUUCGAAGCAAUGGAUGACGCCAAUAUUGAAAUGCCACUCUAUAUUAGCAUAGGCGUGGUCAAUGGCAAUUUUAUCCAAAGUGUUUCGUUUUUAACACAACAGUUGUUUCUGCCACUUUUCAAAACAACUUUUUCCGAAACUGUUGCUUCAAAAAGAUCUAAGUUGAACAUGAAAGCAUCAAUUUCCUCGCAUACGGAUGUGCACGAUAAAGGCGAUUAUCGGCGAAUGUCCAUGAAAGUGGUGAAAGAAGCUAAACAUCAAAUGCAGCCCUUCGCUGUGGGUAAAUCCAUUAGUAAGGAGCUGGACCAAGCGGAGGGAGACCAUUCGAAGUCUAAUACACCGCUUAAAGAUGAAUUGCUCAAUGAAAUUGCCGGUUUUGGGACGACUCUUCAAUGGGUUUGCGAGCACAUUGAAGAUGAUAUCGACCUACCGAUGACCGAUUUAUCGGAUAUUCUUAAAUCCGAUCGACCAACCGAGGAGUUGAUUAGGGAUCCGAAAGUUAUUGAUACUCUCGAAGAUGCCGUAAUGGGCUGGGAAAGACACAUUGUUAAAGUAAUUGAUAGUUAUCUGGCUAAGACUCCUGUGGGCAAUGGGCCGCUUCCAGAGUUCGAGUACUGGCACGAGAGAGAAGCUGCCUUUAGUUCCAUAGUGGAACAGCUCAAGAAGCCAACUCUCGUCCACAUCUCCGAGCUACUCGACUUGGCAAAGUCGUCUGUUAUUGACGCAUUUAUUCAUUAUCAACUGGACCUUAAAAGAUACUAUGCAGAAGCCAGAGACAAUGUCAAGUUCCUGUCGACUAUUAAGAGGCAUCUUAAGGUGGUAAGCGAAAGCUACGACUUUCGUAAAGUUCGCGACUGUAUUCCGGAUCUGAUCGAGGGUUUGCACCUAAUAUGGGUUCUGUCGAGAUACUAUAACACAGACGAAGUGAUGGUACCGUUCAUGGAACGCAUUGUUUGGUGUCUACUGGAAAAAGUUCGGAAAGUUUUAGACAGCAAUGUAAUAUUUAGAAAACCGAUCGCGGAAGUGAAAAGGAUCACACUAGACGCGGCAGAUAUGCUGGAUACUUGGAAGUCUUCGUAUAUGAUUACCAGGCAGAAAAUUGAAGACUCUGGAAAAGGACAGCGAUGGGAGUUCGAUAAGAGCAAGCUCUUUGCAUCCUCUGACUAUAUGGCCAAAGUUUGUAGGGAUAUUUACAAAUUUGCCAUGACUGUAAGCCACUUUAAAAACAUAUUCGGGCCUGAGCUGAGGGCUAUAGUGAGCGAUCCUCAGACGAUAGACAAUGUGGCCAAGAGAGUGGACAAAUUGGCUGUACACAUUGAAAGUAUCGACUUUGAUAUUUUUGACCAAAAUAGCAAAGAAAAUUGGGACGCUGUCCUCAUUAACUAUGAGAGAGAAGUGCGAAAGCUGGAGGUUGAAGCCGUUAGCUUUAUAGAUCAGAGUUUUAAAAUGAUCAGGUCUUCAGAGGCUGCUUUGGAAAUGAUGCUGAAAUUCAAACACAUAGAAACUCGGGAAGUAAUUCAGAAUAAACUGAUGCAGAAGUUCGAUGUGAUAUUGGAUCAGUAUACUCGAGAGAUAUUGAUUGUAGACGAUAAUUUCACGAGAAACAAACGGCAUCCGAUACUCAACAAAGACAUGCCUCCUAAUGGCGGGGCAAUAUACUGGGUACGUUUGCUGUUUUACAAAUUAAAGAGGCCCAUUUUGAAAUUUCAAAAUGUUCCUGAGCUUAUGAACUCGAUGCUGAGAGAAGAAGCUUUCAACUCGUAUUUGAAGUUGGCCAAAGAAUUGCGUAGCUAUGAAGAAGUGAAACUGGAAGAAUGGUUGGAUACCUAUGGUCCAGUGUUGGAGAAAGUUAUGCAGUACGAUAUUUUGAAAAUAUGUGACUCACCUAGGAAAAAAGCAUUUUUUAAGCCACAUAAAGGAUCAGUUACGCGCGUUAACAGUUCUCAAAUCAAAAUAGGAUCGAUUCUCAGUGGAGGCAAAAGCCUGAUACCAGUGAAAAGUGGUAAGAUGCCCAUGAGAUCAUCCAUGCUGAGCCAUUCAGCCCACACCUUGAUGGAUCGAAUCCAGUCUCAAAAAAACUUGACCUGGCAUGAAAUUAUGGGCUCAAAUAUAAUGAUCGACUUUGGUCUGAAAUUUGAAUUAAACUUUGACGAAUCCCUAUGGAAAUGUUUCAAGUGCAUUGAGAUGUUUGAGCUGUUAAAGUUUUCUUUGCCGGAAAAUCUCCGACUGAUUGCAAUGCGCAAGGAAAAGUGCUCGAAAAACGUCAAUGCAGUAAUUAGAAUGUUAAAGAAGUAUAAUGAUAUCAUAGAGAAGUUAACACCGCCGCAGAUUAUACUACUAAAAGGAAAACUGCAAGAUGUGGAGCUCUACGUUCAACAGGGUCUAUCCCGCAUAAAAUGGUCCUCGUUGAGCAUCUCUGAAUACGCAGCAGACUGCGAAGGUCUUAUAACAGCGCUGAAGACUUUAUUUGAACAUAUCGAGCACAUUGAAAAGGAUUUGUACAGACGACUAAGAACCCUGCAAUCGGCGAAUCUCUUCGACUUUGUGCCAGUUAAAGUUAACCCGAUGAGACUGCCCUGCAAGGAGUUUUUCAAUACGAUGUACAAUGCCAGAACUGAAGCUGUAGCCAAUCUUUUGAAGGUGUAUGAGUCGUUUGGGCCGAUAAUGAUUAAGUUGGAAUAUCUCGUUUUGAAUACGAACACGGGAAAUUCCCCCGAAAUGUACAGUUACUAUACGUUUUGGGAGACUGAAAUUUAUCGAGCUCUUACAACCAUGACCAUUAAAAAUAUGGAAACGUUUGCUUCGAAAUUUGAAAAUAAGGAGUUGUUGUUCCAAGUGGAUGCGUUGGUGGUAACACCCGAAAUUCUUCUAAGACCGACAGCCACAGAAAUAUACAACAUUAUUAUAAGAAACUCUCACGAUUUCUUUGAUAGGCUCCGGCUGUUUCCUCGGUGGAUGCAUGAAACUUGCAUAUUGUGCAAACCCAUCCAGAGAGAGAAGCAGGAAGAGUUCUUAUACUCGUUCCACGAUGAAGUCAUGAAGGUUCCGGAUAUAGGCGAUGCUGUACAGAAGCUUCAGGAUGUCUCCCAUAAGUCCAUCAUUAACGUGCACAAGAACCUCCAAAGGUGGAAGAGGUACAAAAUGUUGUGGUCUUUCGAGAAGGAAUCCACCUGCGAAAGGUUCAUGUCGAGCAUGGUGACCUUAGAGACAUAUGAUGACAAGUUCAUGUUUUACCAAGAUAUCGCCCAAAGCAUGGUGAACUAUCGGGAUUACGUGGAUAUAGACUCUGUCCGCUUACAUUUACGCCCGUUAUUGAACAUUAUCGCUCAGCAUUGCAUCGAAUGGAAGGAUACUUUGGGAAGGCUAUUGGACAGCGAUACCAUGAACAAGAUGGUCGAAAUGAAAGCAACCAUUGAAACUCUCCAUGCUACAGUGAGGCAGAACAUCAAAGGCCUUGAGCGGUUUAAAGCUAUAAUGCAAGCGAUCGCCACUAUAAGAAAGAACAACAUACAAGCUGAGCUCGAUUACAAGAAGUAUCAGGAAAUCUACUCUAUGCUCAGACAACAUGAUAUUAAAUUUGAUCCCGAGCAUGAAGCUCUGGCCUUUCAGCUGGAAAAAGACUGGCAGUCGCUCCUUCUCUCUGGGCUGUAUCGAGAGCAGACUCUCGAAUCUACCAAGGAACGGUUUGCUCUGCUUACUCUGAGUGAAAUCAACAGCUUUAUCGAUGUUCUAAAAGAGUUCCUGGAACGGUUUAUGAGCCAAGGCCCUGGAUCAGUAGGUGAGGAUCUGGAUGCCGGCAUAAAACUAAUGGAUGAAUACAAAAUUGAGUUUGACAAUUUGGAAACUCGAAGAAUAGAUCUAGUUAAUGCCGAGAUGCUUUUUGACAUCCCUCUUGCAGACUACUCGGAUUUUAUUAAAGCCAGGACAGAUUUCCAAGGCAUGGAUGUGAUAUAUAAGUUGUACAAAGCGCAGAAACACGCCAGGGAGUUGUGGGGUAAAACUCUGUGGGCAAACCUGAACCCCCAAGCUCUACUGGAUGGAAUUGACGGAUUUUUAAAAGAGUUCAGAAAAAUUUCCAAGGAAAUUCGAUCGAUGCCGGUGGGAUUAACCUUGGAAUUGAAAAUGAAGCAAUUUCGUAACUCGGUGCCUUUGAUGGUGGCUCUUAAGAACGAAGCUCUGAGAGACCGCCAUUGGCGCCAAUUAAUGGAUAAGACUGGCAUUGUUUUUGAUAUGGCGCCUGAUCGAUUUACUCUGGACAACAUGUUCACUAUGGAAUUGCAUAGAUUCCAGGAUAUGGCCGAGGAAAUUAUUAAUAACGCAAUUAAGGAACUCGCCAUAGAGCGGGGAGUCACUGAAAUUGCGGAAACGUGGAAGGCGAUAUCGUUUGUAGUGAUCAAGCAUAUGAAGGGAAGUGAGGAUCGCGGGUUUAUAAUCGGACCCACUGAAGACAUAAUGCAAGUCCUUGACGACAAUUCGAUGAAUCUUCAAAGCAUGGCCGGCUCUCAGUUCGUAGGACCUUUUCUGCCACAGGUUCAGAAAUGGGAGAAAACAUUGGCAAACAUCGGGGAAGUUAUUGACGAAUGGCUGGCAGUUCAAAGGAAGUGGUUGUAUUUGGAGGGAAUUUUUGUCGGCGGGGACAUCAGGGCCCAACUGCCUGAUGAAGCCCGAAAAUUCGACGACAUCGAUAAAGCCUUCAGAAGAAUCAUGCUGGAAACUGCCAAAAGGCCGAUUGUUCUUGAAGUUUGCGCUCUGCCUGGAAGACUAGAGGAGUUUCAAAACUUAGAAGCCGGACUCGAUCGGUGCCAAAAAUCCCUCAACGACUACCUGGAUUCCAAGCGAAGAAGAUUCCCCCGGUUCUAUUUCGUCUCAACCGAAGAACUGCUGUCGAUUUUAGGCAGCAGCGAAUACACAGUGGUCCAAGACCACAUGAUUAAGAUGUUUGAUAAUAUUAAAUCCUUGCGCUUUUCAACAGACAACAACGACAGAGUGAUUGCUUCAGCCAUGGUCUCUGGAGAAGGAGAAGUGAUGGAGUUUCGCACUCCGGUCAUGAUAGAAGGAAAAGUUGAAGACUGGAUGAACGACGUGUUGAAGGAGAUGCGAAAAUCCAAUAGAUUCAUCACCAAGAGCGCUAUUUAUUAUUACGGUAAAAUUCGCAGACCUCGUACGCAGUGGAUGCUGGAGUAUCAGGGAAUGAUUUGUCUGGCCGGCAGUCAGGUUUGGUGGACCGCUGAAGUGGAGAACGUCUUUGCAAAAAUCAAGAAAGGAAACAAGAGAGCAAUGAAGGAAUACUUGCAGCAAUUGAAUGCGGGGUUGGAGGAAAUUGUUUUCACAGUACGAGCUGAAUUAACAGCAAAUGAUAGAACGAAAUUUCGCACGAUUGCAAUCAUUGAAGUCCAUGCCAGAGACAUCGUAGAAAGCUUUGUCAGGGAUAGCGUGAUGGAUGCUCAGGAGUUUGAAUGGGAAAGCCAGCUUCGCUUCUACUGGGUGAAUAAUUUAGAUAACCUCUGGGUCACUCAGUGUACUGGAUCAUUUGAGUACGGCUAUGAAUACAUGGGCUUGAAUGGUCGCUUGGUUAUCACUCCCUUAACUGACCGGAUUUAUCUUACAAUCACUCAAGCUUUGAUCAUGCACAUGGGCGGCGCGCCUGCCGGUCCUGCAGGUACUGGAAAAACUGAAACUACCAAGGAUCUAGCAAAGGCUAUGGCCCUGUUGUGCAUUGUCACAAAUUGUGGGGAAGGAAUGGACUACAAAGCCAUUGGAACCACGCUUGCGGGCUUAGCGCAGUGUGGUGCCUGGGGCUGCUUUGAUGAGUUCAACAGAAUCGACAUUUCGGUUCUUUCGGUCAUCAGCACUCAACUUCAAACCAUCAGAAGUGGUUUGAUGAUGAAGCUGGAACGGUUCACUUUCGAGGGCGUGGAAAUAGCUCUGGACUCCAAAGUUGGAAUUUUCAUUACCAUGAAUCCCGGCUACGCUGGACGGACUGAGCUUCCAGAAUCAGUCAAGGCGUUAUUUCGACCGGUUGUGUGCAUCGUUCCCGAUUUGGAGAUGAUUUGCCUAAUAUCCCUGUUUUCGGACGGGUUUCUUGAAGCCAAAGUGUUGGCUAAAAAAAUGACUGUGCUCUACAAACUGGCCAGAGAACAGUUGUCGAAACAGUUCCAUUACGAUUGGGGGCUGAGAGCUUUGAACGCGGUCCUGCGAAUGGCUGGAGUGCUCAAGCGAGCUUCGCCUGAUAUCAAAGAAGCUCUAGUUCUAAUGAGAGCUUUACGGGACAUGAACCAUCCGAAAUUCGUCUAUGAAGAUGUGCCACUCUUUUUGGGCUUGAUCAGAGACUUGUUCCCGGGCAUGGACUGUCCUAGGGUGGGCUAUCCAGACUUUAACGCUGCAGUGGAAAAAGUGUUUGCCGACGACCGUUACAUAGUCUUGCCUUAUCAGGUAGACAAGGUUAUUCAAAUGUAUGAAACUAUGAUGACUAGGCAUUCGACAAUGUUGGUGGGCCCGACCGGAGGCGGUAAAACUGUAGUGAUAAAUGUUUUAUCCAAAGCCCAAACCUUGCUGGGACUGCCGACGAAAAUUAACACCCUAAACCCUAAAGCCUGCUCAGUGAUAGAGCUCUACGGAAUUCUGGAUCCUCUGACUAGAGAUUGGACUGAUGGGCUACUAUCAAAUAUUUUCAGAGAAAUGAACAAGCCCACCGAAAAACCCGAGAGAAGAUACAUUUUAUUUGAUGGGGACGUUGACGCGCUAUGGAUCGAAAAUAUGAACUCCGUUAUGGAUGAUAACAAGCUACUAACUUUGGCUAAUGGAGAACGAAUUCGAUUGCAAGUCCCUGUAUGCGCGUUGCUGUUUGAAGUUGGAGAUUUGCAAUACGCUUCUCCUGCAACGGUCUCGCGCGCCGGUAUGGUUUACGUGGACCCGAAGAAUCUGGGCUAUCAACCCUAUUGGGAUAGAUGGGUAAAUUCACGAAAACACGAGCCUGAACGGGAGGCCUUUUCGGAAUACUAUAAUAAAAUCGUUCCCGAUUUAAUGGCAUAUGUAAUGGAAGGAACAUUGGGAAAUAAGCAGGUCUCUCCCUUGAAAACGGUCAUUCCGCAAACAGGCCUUAACAUGAUUACUCAGCUAUGCCACAUGAUAGACGCCAUUUAUCCUCAGCCGGCUGAAGAUACGAGACCUCCAGAUGAAGUGGUGGACACUGAUUUGAUUAAUGCAGUAUUCACCACGUCCCUGUAUAACUCUGUUGGGGCUGCUCUAAUUGAUUCCUGUCGCUUAGAAUUUGAUGAAUACAUGAAGGCACAGAUUUCCAUGCUUACAUCCAAUGAUACAAUAGAGAAAAAAUGCGAUUUAAUUCACAUGCCAACCGCCUGUGCCACGCUCUAUGACUAUUUCUUGGACUUGAAGGAGAAGGUUUGGGUGGCCUGGGAUUGGCUGGUUCCUGAAUAUACCCACGACACCGAUCAAAGAUUUUCGCAAAUUCUAGUUCCCACCGUGGACACAGUUCGCGUAACGUAUAUCCUGCAAUUAAUGAAUCAAAUCAAAAGACCCAUUGUUCUAGUGGGCGAAACGGGUACAUCGAAGACUGCAAUUAUUCAAGAUUUUCUUCGUCGCUUGGACUCUGAUGUCUUUAUUCUGUUGAAUAUCAAUUUUUCUUCGCGGACUUCGUCAAUGGAUGUUCAGAUGAACUUGGAAUCUUCUGUGGAAAAACGUACAAAAGAGAUAUAUGGUCCUCCAAUGGGGAAGAAACUGAUUUGCUUCAUUGACGACAUGAAUAUGCCUCAAGUUGAUGACUACGGCACUCAGCAGCCCAUUGCAUUACUGAAGCUUCUAUUUGAAAAGGGUGGGAUGUACGAUAGGGGGAAGGAUUUGAAUUGGAAGGUGCUCAAGGAUAUUUCUUACUUUGCUGCCAUGGGAGUAGCCGGAGGCGGCAGGAACGAAGUGGAUCCGCGAUUCAUCUCCAUGUUUACGGUGAUGAAUUUGGUUUUUCCCACCACCACCACUUUACAUCGUAUAUACUCUUCAAUAUUAUCCGGUCAUUUAUCGGCGUUUGACGAAGAAGUUCAAAUUGCAGAUACAUUGCUGACCAUGACUCUGAACCUCUACAACACCCUAAUAGUUCAAUUACCGCCAACACCAAGCAAGUUUCAUUACAUUUUUAACAUGCGCGAUUUGUCGCGGGUUACUGCCGGUUUGUGCAAAAUCACUCCAAAGUUUUUUCAAACCCUGCCCCAAAUCGUACGGGUGUGGAGAAACGAGUUUGUAAGAAUAUUUUGUGAUCGGUUGAUCAACGUUGAAGACCAAAAGCUUGUGCGUAAUGAGCUACUAGAGCAAGUAAAGAAAUACUUUCCCAAGCCGCUGAAACAAGAACAGCCCAAAGUGGAUGAUGAUGACUUUGUUUUCGUCCCUGAUGAUCCUCAGGCCGAAGCCGAAGAAAAAGAGCAGGUGGAUGUAGUGGAAUAUACCAUGCGCGAUCCAUUGCUGUUUGGAGAUUAUCGCAACGCCACCAAUGAAGGCGAACCGAGAGACUAUGAAGACCUGCUUGAUUACGACGCUAUAUACUUUUUGUUCCAAGAAAUUAUAGAGCUGUACAAUGAGCAGAAGGAAAAGUUAAGCAUUGUGCUUUUCAACGAUGCCUUGGAGCAUUUGACCAGGAUCCAUAGAGGGCUGCGCUUAGAAAGAGGACAUGUAAUGUUAGUGGGAGUUGGUGGCAGCGGAAAGGGAAGUCUGACCAAACUGGCAGCGUUUACUGCAGGGUGCGAAGUAUUUUCCAUUACUCUUUGCCGAGGAUAUAAUGAGGCAAUGUUCAAAGAAGAUUUAAAGAAGCUUUACUCUCUACUGGGGAUCGAGAAAAAACCGACAGUGUUCUUCUUUACAGCUGCUCAAGUCGUUGAAGAAGGCUUCCUGGAGUUCAUCAACAAUAUUCUAAUGAUUGGCUAUGUGCCUUCGCUGUUCACCGACGAUGACAAGGAGCAAAUUAUAGGACAGUGCAGGGCUGCAGCUGUGAAGGCUGGCUAUGGGGUGGGGAAAGAUAAUGUCUGGCAUUAUUUUAUAAACACUUGUGUGGAUAAUUUACAUGUAGUGCUGUCCAUGUCUCCUACUAGCGACGUCCUGAGCAAGCGAUGCAGGAAUUUUCCAGGAUUGGUCAAUAAUUCCACCAUUGACUGGAUAUUUCCCUGGCCUCUUCAAGCCCUGUUUGCGGUGGCUUCAGUGUUUCUUAAAGAAAACGUUAACAUUCCCGAGCAGUACCGAGACACUAUUAUAGAACACGUUGUUCAUGUCCAUCAGAGUGUUAUUGACUUUACCGCUAAUUAUUUGAUAAUAAUGCGGCGAAAGAACUACGUCACUCCUAAGCACUAUCUGGAUUUCAUCACUACCUACUUGAAGCUUUUGGAAGAAAAGGGAAAUUACAUUAACGCCCAAUGUGACCGGCUGAAGAGCGGAUUAUUGAAAAUCGAAGAAGCCAGUGGAGAACUAGCGAUUUUAAACGCCAAACUGGAAAAGCAAAAAGUUGUUGUUGGAAAAGCCACUGCAGAAUGCGAAGAAAUGUUGGGAGAAAUUGAAGCUGGCACCAAAGUAGCUACGGAAAAGAAAGAUAUCGCCUCUUUAAAAAGCACGGAAAUAGAAGAACAAGCCAGAAUAAUUAGCAUUGAACAAGCAGACGCUGAAGAAGCACUGUCCGCAGCUUUGCCAGCGCUUGAAACUGCCAGGCUCGCUUUAGCAGAUUUGGAUAAGGCGGAUAUAACGGAAAUUCGCUCUUUUGCUACUCCACCCGAACCAGUGCAAACUGUAUGCGAAUGCAUAGUGAUACUAAGGGGCUACAAGGAAGUUUCCUGGAAGUCUGCGAAGGGAAUGAUGGCGGAAGCCAAUUUUCUGCGUUCUCUGCAGGAAAUGAACUGUGAUGCUAUCACCCAAGCUCAGCAAAGAGCUUGCAAAGCACAUAUGAAGAAAUCCUCUAAGCUGGAUGAGAUGUCUUCUAUCAGUAAGGCCGGUUUUGGGUUGCUCAAAUUUGUGCAAGCUGUAUUGGGGUAUUGUGCGGUCUACCGAGAAGUGAAACCCAAAAAGGAGCGAGUAGAGCAGUUGGAAAAUGAGUACAAUACUGCCAAACGCAACCUGGAGAAGCUCUACAGUGAAAUUGGCAAAUUGGAGGAAGACCUGGAUAAACUCAACCAGAAGUAUGCCAAUGCAAUGAAGACCAGACAAGAGCUGCAAGAGGAAACGGAUAUCAUGAUGCGCCGUUUGGAAGCGGCGGACAAACUGAUUUCUGGAUUAAGCUCGGAGAAAAUUCGAUGGACCGAAGAUCUGAAUCAGCUCCAUAUAGAGAAAGAAAGACUAGUGGGGAAUUGCUUGCUUUGCUCGGGAUUUUUAGCGUAUUGCGGUCCGUUUACUUUUGAGUUUAGGCGAGAUAUGGUCUAUGUCGACUGGCAGGAUAGUGUGCAAACUAGGCAAAUUCCUGCAUCUCAACCAUUUAAGCUGGAGACACAUUUGACUACUGAUGUUGAGGUCAGUCAAUGGGUCUCUGAAUCGCUUCCCCCAGAUGAAUUGUCCAUUCAGAACGGAAUAUUGACCAUAAGAGGUUCCAGGUUUCCUCUCUGCAUUGAUCCUCAGCAGCAGGCCUUGAACUGGGUGAAAAAACGCGAAGAAAAAAACAAUAUGAAGGUGCUCAGUUUCAGCGACAACGACUUUUUAAAACACCUGGAUAUGUCGAUUAAAUAUGGAGCCCCGGUGCUAUUUCAGGAUGUUGAUGACUACAUCGAUCCUGUAGUGGAAAAUGUCAUACAGAAAAAUGUGAAGAUCCUCGGAGGGCGUGUGUUCGUCAUCCUUGGUGAUAAGGAGGUGGAUUGGGAUCCUAACUUUAGACUCUACAUGACUACUAAGUUUGCUAAUCCGAUAUUCAACCCUUCAGUGUAUGCAACUGCAAUAGUAAUCAAUUAUACUGUAACACUGUCUGGGUUGGAAGAUCAGCUUUUGGGUGUGGUGGUUAAGAAUGAAAGACCCGACUUGGAGGAGCAGCGAGAGCUGCUCAUCAGCGAAACGAGCGAAAAUAAGAAUCUUCUGCAAGUUCUGGAAGAUUCGCUGCUUCGGGAGCUAUCUACCACUACCGGGAACAUGCUGGACAAUGUCGAGCUAGUUAGUACGCUGGAAAACACCAAAAGCAAAGCGACGGAAGUGAUGGAAAAGCUGGAUUUGGCCGCACAAACAUCAAAAGACAUUGAUAAACUCAGGGACGUGUACCGCCCUGUGGCAAGAAGAGGAGCUAUCUUAUUCUUUGUGCUUUCGGACAUGGCAGGGGUUAAUGCUAUGUACCAAUACUCGCUUUCUUCAUAUUUGGAAGUGUUUGCUUACUCGCUGAGAAAGGCGUUACCCCACACCGUCUUAGAUAGGCGAUUGUUCAAUAUCAUCAACAUGCUGACCAAGAAUGUGUACGACUAUGGAUGCACUGGCAUAUUUGAGAAACACAAACUUUUAUUUUCGUUUCAAAUGACGGUCAAAUUGGAACAGAGCACUGGAGCUGUUUCACAAGCCGAGCUGGAUUUCUUCAUUAAAGGUAGCGUGAGUUUGGAAAAGUCGAGCAGAGAACGUCCGGCAUCUUGGUUGAGCAACCAGGGAUGGGAGAACAUUCUAAAACUCUCCACUGAUUUCCCUCUAAUGUUCGAAAAUUUGCCUAAUCAGAUUGAGAGAAACGUUGAACUAUGGCAGGAAUGGUAUGAUAUGGACGCUCCAGAAGCCAUGGAUUUUCCUUUCGGCUACAAGGAGAGACUGAAACCUUUCCAAGUACUUUUACUGUUAAGGUGUUUUCGCGUGGACAGAGUAUAUCGAGCAGUUGGAGACUACAUAACGGAAGUGAUGGGAGAAGAGUAUAUAAUGCCCCCGGUUAUUAGUAUGGACAAUAUCUUUGAGCAAUGCAGCCCCACUACUCCUGUGGUGUUCAUUUUAAGCCCCGGCUCUGAUCCUACAGCAGAACUGAUGAAGUUAGCAGAUAGAUGCGGCUUUGGUGGCGGAAAAUUUCGCUACUUAUCCUUGGGCCAAGGCCAAGAGCCCACAGCUCUGCAGCUGUUGGAUACCGCUAUAUCCAGAGGACAGUGGCUAAUGUUCCAGAACUGCCAUUUGCUCAUAUCUUUUAUCAAGUCGUUGGAGAAGCAUAUAGAAAAAAUUAGUAAACCGCAUCCAGAUUUUCGACUUUGGUUAACCACUGAUCCAGUGGCGACAUUCCCAAUAGGAAUCCUCCAGAGAUCACUGAAAGUUGUAACCGAGCCUCCAAAUGGAUUGAAACUGAAUCUGCGCAAUACCUUUUUCAAGAUGCGAGCGCAACUGUUGGAUUCCUGCGCUCAUCCGGCGUUUAAGUCAUUGGUGUAUGUGCUGGCCUUUUUCCACGCAGUUGUACAAGAGCGCAGAAAAUAUGACAAAAUCGGCUGGAAUAUUUGCUACGACUUUAAUGAGUCCGACUUCAAUGUGUGCAUUCAAAUUCUGGACACCUACCUGACGAAAGCGUACAAAGCGAAAGAUUCUAGAAUUCCCUGGAAUAGCUUGAAGUACCUAAUUGGGGAAGUUAUGUAUGGCGGGCGGGUGAUUGAUGACUUUGAUAGAAGAAUUGUGAAGACUUACAUGGAUGAAUACAUGGGAGAUUUUCUGUUUGAUACUUUUCAACCGUUCCACUUUUAUCAAGACAGCACCGUGGAUUAUAUUAUUCCACCCGAAGGCACCAAAGAUGACUACAUUGCUUUUAUUGACGAACUUCCACUAGCCAAUAGUCCUGAAAUAUUUGGUCUGCAUUCAAAUGCGGAAAUUGGGUAUUAUACUCAAGCCACAAAGGAAAUGUGGAAUAUUCUGAUUGAACUGCAACCUCAAGUUUCUGCUUCAGAAAAAGGUAUCAGCAGAGAAGAGUUUAUUGAAGCAGUGGCGAACGAUGUCCUAAAGAAGAUACCUGAAGAAUAUGAAGUAUGGAAAGUGCGACGCUACUUCCAGCGAAUGAUGUCGCCUACUAUAGUGGUGCUCUUACAAGAAUUAGAGCGAUUUAACAAGUUAAUAGCCACCAUGAGAAGAUCGUUGGUGCAACUGAAGAAAGCUUUGGCCGGUGAAAUUGGUAUGGACACUGUUCUGGAUAAUGUGGCCUAUUCUUUGUUCAAUGGCCAAUUGCCGGCUAGCUGGAGAAAACUGGCCCCAGCUACUUGCAAGAACUUGGGAGGAUGGAUGGAGCAUUUUGAAGCUAGACAGCAGCAGUAUUUUUCAUGGUCAACUACUGGAGAACCUACAGUGUUAUGGAUCUCUGGACUGCAUAUUCCUGAAACUUAUCUCGCAGCAUUAGUUCAAAUUGCCUGCCGUUUGCACAACUGGCCGUUGGAUCGGUCCACCCUGUAUACUUUUGUUACUGAGUAUGUGGAUCCAGCUGAUGUGAUUUUGCGACCUGCAGCAGGUAACUGCUUAGUUCACGGACUCUAUCUUGAAGGUGCAGCUUGGGAUGUAGAGAACAACUGCCUCAAAAGAUCAGCACCGAAGGUGCUGAUUGAAAAACUGCCCGUACUUGGAGUGGUGCCCAUUGAAUCAUUCAGGCUCAAGCUUCAAAACACGUUGCGAACCCCCGUAUAUACAACAUCCCUAAGAAGAAACGCUAUGGGGGUUGGUUUGGUUUUUGAGGCGGAUUUGAGAACAACAGAACACAUCAGCCAUUGGGUUCUGCAGGGAGUGUGUUUAGUGCUAAAUACGGACUGAAACGCAUUUAUGUGUGAUUGGAACUUAGGUAUUUGUUUGUUGUUGUCUCUUGGACGUUUUUUAGUUUUGGUGUUUAAGUGAAGUGAGACAAUGUGUUAGUAUUAUUUCUCUUAAAGCCGCUUUUGAGGAAGACUUAAAAUUCGUACAAAUUUAACGAAAAGACUGAAAAAUAUUACUAUGACUUCCAUUCAUCAAGCCGAUGUGUAAUGCUCUAAAUCUAGAACAGUUCUUGUUAUUUAAUAAAAAUAUUUUCAAUAGCA